GGACUCAGGUCCGCCCCGGCUCGCCCAGUGCUGGCAAGCAGGAGCCGCGGGGCCAGGGCAGGGCAGGCCUCGGCGGCUUCGCCUCUUGUCCGGCGGCGCGGACCCGGUACGAGCCCGGGCAGGACUGGGAGGAGCGGGCGGCUCCAGCGCUGGGUCCCCAGCGGCUGCCCUGGCUGCUCCCCUGCUCCUCAGCCUGCCGGCUCGGGGCCCUGGGCACGGCCAGCUCUUGGGUUUCACCCCGCUUUUGAUUUUUGUUUUUCUCUUCUUUUCCUGUUGCCAAGAGCUGGGGGGUUUCUCACGCGAGCCCCUGGCAGCGCUCGCCUUGCACCAGCAGGCUACGACCUAUUCCCCCGGCGGUUUUGGUGCUCUUGCAAGGACCUCAAGCUGCCCAGCUGAGCGUGGCUGGCACAGCAGGGUUUGACCAGACUUCCUUCAAUCCACCACAUCUCUCUCUGUUGUUUGCUAGCCUCCUUGGUCUCUCAUUUCUUCGGUCGCUGCUUCUGUUUUAUAUUGUGGAGAUGUCUAGUACAGGCACUGUUUUGGCAACGCUUCAUCCAGCGCAGGAUUUCAAGGCACGCCUUGGGUUUUCGGUUCACAUGGCAGCAGCAAACUUGACUCCACCUGGUUCUUUGGAUUUAAACCAACCUGGUUUUUCAAAGGAGAUACUAGGGACUAAAUUGGAGGGCAAAUACCUCUGCUCAGAGUGCAAGAAUAUUCUGAGAAGGCCAUUUCAAGCUCAGUGUGGACACCGCUAUUGUUCUUACUGCCUGAAGAAAAUUAUCAGCUCGGGACCUCAGAAAUGUGCAGCCUGUAUUCAGGAAGGAAUCUAUGAAGAAGGAGUUUCCACUUUAGAAAUAAACUCAGCUUUUCCAGACAAUGCAGCUCGUCGAGAGGUGGAAAGUUUGCCGGCUGUCUGUAUUAAUGAUGGUUGCACGUGGAAGGGGACUAUUAAAGAAUAUGAGAGCUGCCAUGAAGGGAACUGCCCGUUCAUGCUGAUUGAGUGCCAGGCAUGUAAGGGAAUGAUCAAACUGAAUGACAAGGAGCGCCAUUCUGAACGGGAGUGCCCUGAGAGAAGCCUCAACUGCAAAUACUGCAAAUUGCUUUUCUACUUUCCUGACAUUAAGGCUCAUGAUGAGAUCUGCCCUAAAUUUCCACUGACUUGUGAGGGCUGUGGGAAAAAGAAGAUUCCAAGAGAGAAGUUUCAGGACCAUGUGAAGACUUGUGGCAAAUGUAAAGUGCCUUGCAGAUUUCAGGUUGUUGGCUGCGCUGACAUGGUGGAAAAUGAGAAGCUGCUGGAUCAUGAAGGCAAAUGUCUGGCAGAGCAUCUAUACAUGCUACUGAGUUUUGUGCUCAGCCUCAAGGCUGGCUCUGCGGACUUGAAGCACCUUCCUGCCCUUUUGUCACCUCAGGGCAACUCCGUGUUACUGACGGGCAACUCCCUGUGCUCGGAGUCAGAGCUCUCCAAAUCCCUGGAGUUGCUAGCAAGGUGUGAAUCCCUUGAGAGGAAAACAGUGACCUUUGAGAACAUUGUGUGUGUGCUGAACCGGGAAGUGGAGAGGGUCUCUCUGACAGCUGAAGCCUACAGUCGCCAGCACCGACUGGACCAGGAGAAGAUUGAAACGCUCAGUAACAAGGUUCGGCAACUGGAAAGGAGCAUUGGACUGAAGGAUCUGGCCUUGGCUGAUAUGGAGCAGAAGAUCCGUGACAUGGAAGCGUCAACUUAUGAUGGUGUUUUCAUCUGGAAGAUUACAGACUUUGCCAGGAAGCGUCAGGAAGCAAUAACAGGCCGCGCUCCUGCCAUCUUCUCCCCAGCUUUCUACACAAACAAGUAUGGCUAUAAGAUGUGUUUGCGUGUUUACCUUAAUGGCGAUGGCACUGGCCGUGGGACUCACCUGUCUCUGUUCUUUGUGGUGAUGAAAGGACCCAACGACGCACUCCUACGGUGGCCCUUCAACCAGAAGGUGACUCUAAUGCUGUUGGAUCAGAACAACAGGGAGCACAUUAUCGAUGCUUUCCGACCUGAUGUUACGUCCUCAUCCUUCCAGCGACCUGUCACCGAAAUGAACAUUGCCAGCGGCUGCCCACUAUUCUGCCCUGUCUCCAAGAUGGAAGCCAAGAAUUCCUACGUACGUGACGACGCCAUCUUUAUUAAAGCCAUUGUAGAUCUCACAGGCCUCUGAAACCUCCUUCCCUCCAGGAGCAGCGAACACAGAGCUGGCCCCAACUGGGGCUCAGCCUCCCUGUUCUAUCCUUCCAGCCUUAGGGCAGUGGGCAAGGGAUACAAGAGGAAAAGCCCCAUCCCCAGAGGACCUGCUCCGCUCUGAGUGGAAACAAGGUGUGUGAUGGGAACCCUUCCUUGAUGUCAGAAAGACCAGCUGCCGUAGUACAGAUCUUUCCUGAGAAGAGGUUCAGGUUGGCAUCCGUUAUCUCCGGGGAACUGGAAGAUUCCCACACAGGACUCGAUUCCUCAGCUCUGUCUGUACUCAGUUGAUACACAUUUUUGGUAUCCUGUGGUCUUCAGCCCACCCAGGGCCACCACCUUACGUGGCCCUUCAGCAAGAUCUUUCUUCCAGUCUUGUAGGAGAUCUCCACAUCCAAGGAAGUUGGUUUCUCUCUGGUGUUUUGCUUAAAGGGUUGUAUAGUUCUGUGCUGCUGGCUGAUUUGCUUGUCCACAUGAAGGUGCUGAGGGAAGACAGAUGACAUCUGCAGCAGGUGGAGGUGUGGACAUGUGUGAGCCCAGUGACAGGUGGGUUCUGGCUGAUGGAAGGGACUUGCUAACCAGUGUAACCUAGUCUCCUUGGGUCCUUGUGCCAUGUGUUGCUGCAGAGACGCACUGAAUAGUUUUAUUUCGGAGUGGAAGGGAGAAGGAGCUGGCCUCCACUUCUGUUUCGCAGAAGAACCCAGCCUGGACUUGAUCAGUAUUGAUCUGAGAAAGGGAAGGCAGUGUCAGCUGCUGCCCACCUUGUGCAGAGCAAGGGGGAAGCAUCAGCAUGUGACAGAAACUUCCUUCCUCUCCUUCUCAGGAGCUCUAGAGAACCUGCCCAGCCUGGGCUCUGGAGACCCUUGAUGUUUUAUUUUUCCUGACUUCGUGCAGAUCCUGGCUUAGCCCAGCAGGUGCUCUGGGUAUCCAGGCUGCUGUUCUGUAAUGAGAGGUAAUUGUUAAUUGUGAGAGAGCUGGGUUUACUGGGUCACCACCGAAAGGGUGUCAGGGCCUCUGGGAUUGGUUGGAAGGAAGGAUCAGUGUGGGCUUGUUAGCCAGUCCUUACUGAACUCAUACUCGGUCUUAGCCUGCAUGGUAGUUAGAAGGUGUGGUUUCAGUACAUGUAACUGGGUACAUCUAGCUUCUAGGUUCCCUAGUGGUGUAGUUGGAGCACUACAGCCUUCAGCACAGGCUGGACAAGCCUGCCUAGAAUCCUGGGUAUUUCCCAGACACCUAGAACUAGUGCUGCAGAGAUUUGCUACCUAUGCAAGCAGUCGAAGCCAGCGUGGAUACAUAUUCACUUACGGCUAUGGCCUGUCUGGUGGCAGAAUAGACAUAGCCUGGGUGUGUCCCACCCCAUAUCCCUGGCAAGGCCCCUCCUGGUGUCCCCCAGGUGAAAGCUGUUAGUUCUGCCCUUCCCUGACUACAUUUAGUCCUGAAUAUGAAACCUUGGGUUCUCCAGUUUGUUAAACGGUGAUCCGAUUGCCUGCAAAGCUCAAGGUCCCCUGGCCUUACUUGCACUGUGACCCGACUGCUGUGAAUAGCAUAGACUUCCUCCUCAGUAACACCAGGACCAUGUGUCCAGCUGAACAUUUCCCCCACAUUUAUCUGGUCACCCUGAAGCAAGCCUGCAGCUGCUCAGUUAGAAACAGUAGAAGGCUGGGAAAGUCCCUGACUGAAGCUUGGUCAGCCCUACAAAGCUUUGCCAGCACAUUUCUGUUAGCUGGGGAGAUGGAAAGAUCACACCUCCUGCCAACACAGCUCUGCUGUCAAAAACCCUGGGGUAGGUGCAGAUCUGCCCACACAAGAGGCAGCUGCCUGUUAGUGUGUGUUAUUUGGGGCAGAUGCUCUAUAAGGUGGACAUCCUGUACAAGUUAUUUGUCCCUCUUCCUCUCGCUGGGCUGCUUAUCUCAUUCUCUCAGCUUGUCCUACAGCUUCAACUGAAACCAGCUCUGUUUAGUGUCAAGUUUGCUGUAACAUCUCCCUGUGGUGGCUAACAGGCUCUUUUAGAGUCACUCUGUGGUGGUCACUUGUAACUCUAGAGUGAUCAUUAGCCACUUCAAACCCUUACUCCUCAGGGUUUUUGUCUCUCUUCACAUGAAUACAAACAUCUAACACAGCCCCAUACUAUUCUCUUUGGUUAGAGUGCCCAGGUGCUGGCUGCUGAUCUCAGCCUUCAGUUGUCAGUACUGAAAGAUGCCCCACCCCAAGCCAGCUCCUCCACUGCUCCUCUAGCCUGGAGGACAGGCAAGAGGCCGUGAGAGCUGUCAGUGCAAUACGAGAUCCCCGCAGUUGGCUGAAGCCACUGGAAGAGCAAUUGAGUAGCAUUAGUGACCCACUGCCCAUGGAUGGGGAGAGUGCAUUCUCUCUGGGGUGGGCAGCAGGCGAUCACCAAUUAGCAAACAAUGGACUCCAACAUUGUGAAACUGUGGCACUCUCCGUGAAGGAAGGCCCAGUGCCCCCUAGCAGCAUGUUCCCCACAGGCCCCAGAUGUGGCUGUUUGUUAGUCUGGUGCUAAUACCACCAAGGUUACAGGUUUGAUCAAUGGUUGGACUAAAUGAUCUCUUCAUAUGGUCCCAUCCAGCCAUACUUACCCACAACCUAUACCUGGGUAUAUGCAGAACCCACCAACCUGCUUUGUCUCUCCUACUUUUACCUCAUGCAUGCAGCAUCCCUGUUAUCUCUGAGCUAGUCUAUGCAGGCAGUGGCCUGCUCCAGACCAUUAGACUUCCAAUCCCUCCUGCCACCCAGAUGGGGUCAGAAGUCCAUCAGUGGAGAUGAUUCUGACUCUGGUUGUGGGCACUGGAAACCACAAGAAUAAGAGCUGGGGGGAGAGGGAGACCUACUGGAUCACUUGCAAAGGAAAGCAAGCCUGUAGGUGUUUUCACUACUACUGCUUUCUGCCUGGAAGUUGUAAAUGCCCAAGUCAUUGUCUGUGCUGCUCUCUGAGAUCAGCAGCUGGUUCUCUGGAAGCUGGUUAGGAAAGAAUCAGCUUUGCAUCCAAAGAGGGGCCCAUUUGCCCUUCUGUUAAUGCAGCCUGUCUGAAGAUUGACAUGUAGAGAAGGGGAAUGGGAUGGGCUCAGAAGUACUAGUCAAAAGGAUUGCCAGGUUCUGUCAUCCCUCAGCCAUAUACUACUUCAUGCUACUUGUCCCCAUGUUCAUUUGCUCUCCUUGGCACUGCUGUCCCUUCCCCCAGAAGCAUUGGUGCAUAGUGCUGUGGCUGAAGGGACUGGUGUGUAUCUAGUUCUUGUGUCUGAAUGGAGAUGAACUCUUCAGGAGCCAUUUCUCCAGGCCAAGAGCUGUUAGACUCUAUCUGCAGCUUCUCUCAGGAGUGACCAAGGCUCUGUACUGGAGCUGGCUGGCUCUCCCUCCCUGUGGAGAGGUGCUGGGAUGAGUUUUGAGCCAAGAUUUCACCCCAGACAGCUCCUGUUGUCCUCACAAGCAGGUCUGAUUUAUUUCCUAUGGGGAGGUUAUAUAUCAUACAGCUUACCCAGGGCCCAGAAAUCAACAGGACAAAGGCUGCACCCUUCAGCUUCCUAUCUGCUCCCCUACAGGGAAGUCCUUAAGGCUGCUCCCAUGCUGUAACAGUUGCCAUAGAGGCCCACACGCAUUAGAGAGCAUGGGUUGGUUUUAAAUUUUGUGACUGGGAUCAAAUAUUGCUGUUUGUGUGUGUUGAAGUAAGAGUUGGGUCCCCCAUGCAGCAGAUAAGACUGUUCCACCUAGUAUAUGUAACAGAGAAAGGGCUUCUGUCUGCACAAGUGACUGGAUGGGAGUUAAAUAACUUCUGCUAUUUGGUGUGGUCUUCAUGUUCAGACCCUCUUUCUCUAGGUAUCUAGAGGACUGGCUGCCUCCUGCUGAUAGUCAUGGUACAUGUGGUGAACACAGGGCUCACAGCUGCUAAGUCCCCUCUGCUCCACAGCAUCCACUUUGUGAAAAGGUGGGCACUGGAGAGCAGCUUAGGGCUUCCCAAGCACGGGCAGUGAGUGGAAGAGCUUCUUUCCCACUUCUGCCUUGAAGUUCAGCCUGCAGCAGGAUGCAUAUAGCUUAGCUGCGUUUUCACUGCUUACCUUUAAAGCAGCCUGGCCACUGGCAGCAGUACUUGCUUACAGCCAGGCACCCAAGGAGCACUUACUUACACAGCAGAGGAAGGCUCUGGUUUAGCUGGGAGCACCAGGCCUGGGAGGGAAAGCAGCUUCUGGUCACUUCCUCUGACCAGUGUCAGCUGUAGCAGAGCUCUUAAUUUGGAAAAAACAAUUUUUUUUUAAAUGUGCACUGGUGGUUAGUAGGGCUGUGCGAAGCUUCGGUAGCCGAUUCAGUUCAGAGGAGAUUCAGCUUGAUUCGGGGAGCAAAUCUCCAAAUCAGGAGACCAAUUAAAAGCUCCAAAUUGAUUUGAAGCAUCCAAAUCAAUUUGGAAAAAGAUUUGGCUGCUUUGGAGAUUUGGCCAUAAACUAAACAGGCAGCUGACACAGCUGGUAAGUCUGUUAGGGUUGGGGGAGGGGGAAAGAGGGAUUGGGGCUGGGACAAGCUGCCUAGUCAGGGAAGGGGGUGCGGUAUGCGGGUGCAGCAGCACUCAGAGCAGGGGCUAUGCCAUACUGCCACUUGCCUAGCUUGAGGGGAGAGGAGGAGGGUGGAAACAGGGUGGGCAGGACGUGGGCGCAGCUCGCGGCAGGGGGCAAGUGGCAGCAGGGCAUAGCCCCCACUCCCAACGCUGCUGUGCCCACAUCCUGUGCUGCUCUGUGCCGGGUGGUAAGUAGCAGCAGGGCCUGCCUUCCAUGCUGGCUGGCAAGCGAUGACAGUGCAGAGUCCCUGGUCCCAGUACUGAUGCGUGUGCGGCAGCGCUGGGAGCAGGGACUCUGCCUUGCUGCCACUUGCUCAGCUGGCAUGGAGGCCAUGAUGCAGGCGCAGCUCGCUCUGGGUGGAAGGGGGAGAAUGGCAGCAGAGCAUAGUCUCCACUGCUGUGUCCGCAUCAGCACUAUACCCUGCUGCUGGUUGCCAGCUGGCAUGGGUGGGCACGGCAGCACUGUGAGUGGGGGCACCCGCAGUGAGCUGUGCAUCACACCCCCCCUCCCCCUCCCCCUCCCCCUCAGCUGAGCAAGUUGCAGCGGGGCAGAGGCCCUGCUCCCAGUGCUGCCACACCUCCACCUCCCCAAGUAAUGUGCCCCCCCCACUGGCUGGGCUUGUCCCAGCCCCAAUCCCUCCCUCCCCCAACCCCAGACUUACCAGCUGGAGGCAGCUGUGUCAGCAGCCUGUUUAGUUUAUGGCUGAAUCUCCAAAGCAGCACCAAAUUUUUCAGAUCUGAUUUGGUCAAAUUGAAUCAGGACAGUGAUUCGAAUCUCCAAAUGGAAUCACUGUCCUCUGAAUUAGCCAAAUCUGAAGUGAACACUUGCCGCUUUGCACGGGUCUGGUGGUUAGAUAUUGUGAAUGCUGAACACCUACUGACUGCAAUGGGAGCCGAAUAGAGAUCUAUACAAACAGCAGGACCUUGGCCCGAGUUGUUCCUUCAUAAGGGCUGGGGUGCUCCAAGUUAGGAAUAUUCAUUAUUUAAAAUCAGCCUUAUCUCUGUAGGUGUCUAGUUUGGAGAAUCCCAGCCUUUUGAAGGAACUCAGUCAGGCCAAGCUUCUUCUGUAGGGGCUGCUUUUAAUGUAGAUUGUCUUGGCAUUUGCCUUCAAUUGCAGCGUAGACCCAUGUUCCUGUUGCGGGUGUAACAGUCAGGGCAUGGGGAGUGCCUCGACUAGAAAAAUCACCUCAGCUCAUUCCAGGAAGGUUAGAGGGUCUCUGCCUUCUUCAGAGACUGAUUGGAGACAAAAAUGUUCCAGGGGAGCAGCAACACUGCCCACAGCAAACACUUCCACUACCUUGAGUAGUGCCCCUAUGUUAGACAGAACAUCACUCUUCACACCUGUGAGCCCAUGCAUUUCCUCUCUCCUGAAAUUGUCAUAUACAGAUUUGUUCCUGAGCCUCACCCUGUAACCCUAGUUUAGCUGGUUUAAUGCUGCACUCUACACCUAGACAACAGCACUGGAACUUGUGAGUGAUUUUGCAUUUGUAGCAAUAUAUUUAGCUUUAUGGAGCUAAUCAGGCACCUUUCAGUGAAUCUCAGCUCUGCAGGGUUAUAGAUUAGUGGUUAUCAGCUUUCCUAGACCACUAGUACUUGUGACAAGGAAUAAGAUUCUCUUAGCCCAUUUGAUUGCACCACCUAGGAGCAAAUAUCUUAGGCUGUUAUUUGUGAACCAGGUUCCCUCACCCCAUUGUGUAACUGAGACCAUUAAUAAAGACAGUAAAGAAACCA